AUGAAGUUCAUAAACUUUACACGCAGGCAAGAAAAUAUUUUUUUCCCCCCUUCAAGUGAGACGAACUUCCCCACUCGCAUGAGCUGCCUUAACUUGCUUAUCGUACUCAUCCUCGUCAUCCUCUUCCUCGUCCACCUCAUCCUCUGCAACAUCCUCUUUCUCCUCAUCCUCUUCCCCUCCCCACCCGAAGCCUCCAACCGAGCGGGAGACUGGAGGAGGGGUUUUGGCCUCCUCCACGAUUUUCAUAAUCUCCUCCACAGUUUGGAGGGAAAACGUGGGAUUUUCCUUUCGGCGUGGGGCCGGGCUUCCGUCCAGAAGAGUAUUCUCCAGUUUCAAGUCACGAUGGCAUAUUUGCUACAUAUCAAAAGAUUAUCAGGAAAAUAUUACUACAAGGAACAAGAUCUACAGUUUAAAAAUUUAUGCAAAUUCAAACUUUUCAUAUUCAGGCCUACUUGUGUGCUAGAUUUCUCUUACCAUGGAAUGGCAGUAGCUGACGCCAGAAAUGAGCUGCUGGAAGAAGUACCUUGA